AUGCAGUCCCCCGACGACCCCUCCGCACGCGGCCCCCUCCUCGACGCUCCCAGGUCCUACUCCCCGUCUUCUUCCGCGCAGGCGCAGGCGGACGGACGCCCCACCAGCCCAGCCGUCUCCGCCACCGUCACGGCCGUCCGCCAGGCCUCGCCCAGCGUCCGCAUCCUGGACCUCAAGGUCACGGAUCCGCGCUUCGCCUUCGCCCCCGGCCAGUGGGUAGACUUCUUCAUCACGGGCGUGGACGCCGUGGGGGGCUUCUCCAUAUGCUCAUCCCCGCGGCUGAUGGUCCAAUCCGGGGCCAUUCAGCUCGCGAUCAAGAACAGCGGCGAGCCGCCCGCUGCCUGGGUGCACUCGGGGGAGUGCGUCCCCGGCGCGGUCGUGAGCGUCAAGGUCGGGGGCUCAUUUCGGUACGACAAUCCGGAGUUUCUGCCGGUCCUGUUGGUGGCCGGGGGGAUCGGCAUCAGCCCUCUGAUGUCCAUGGUGCGCCACAUUCUCGGCGCGCCGGACCCCGUGCCCUGCACUCUGCUGUACUGCGCCAGCAGCGAGGCGGAGCUGGUGUUCAGGGAUGAGCUGGAGAAGAUCGCGAGUGGGGCCGAUGGGGUUUUCAGAUUUGUGCCCAUGGUCACGCGGGGCGCGGGCGGUGGGGGGCGCGUGUCCAGGGCGGUCCUUGCCCGGCACCUGCCCAGCCCCAGCGGGACGCGCUGCUUCCUGUGCGGCCCGCCGGGCAUGAGCGACGGGGUGAUGGGGUGGUUGAGGGAACUUGGGGUGCCUGGCAACAGGAUCCGUUACGAAAAGUGGUGGUAG